AUGGGGGAAGUCACAAAUCUUGCUGUUUGCAAGGUGUACAUUGCUAAAUUUGUAGGAUAUGUGAAGAAGAUUAGAACCGAUGACGCAGACUCUUUGAUAAAGGAAAAGCAAAAAAGGGAAAAGAAGCACAAAAAGGAGAAGAAGGAUAAAGAAAAGAAAGAAGGAAAAGAGAAAAGGGAUAAAGAAACAAGCAAAGACAAACACAAGGAGAAGCAUAAAGGUAAGAGAGACAAAGAUCGGGAUAAAGAAAAGAGCAGAACAUCCGAGGACAAAAAAGCUGCUUGUGUUCUGCCAAACACCGAGGACAAGAAUAAUGGUAACGCAGAGUCUAAGUUUGUACAGGACCUGGCAAGAAGGAUCAGGGAUGAAGAAGAAGCUACACAAAGUCAAACUGUGGGGAAGAUUAGUUUUCCUUGUGGAGUUACGGAGAACAACAUUUCAUGCCCAGUUCCACAAACCAGCCAUAGGAAAGAUGACGAAAAGAGGAUCAACACCCAUAGAAACUUUCCCACGGCAAAAAGGUCUGAAAAUGAGGUUCGUCAAUUAUCAUCCUGCACAGAGCAGAGAGGAGCUGAGGUUAUGGUUAAACCAGUGGAGAAAAAAGAUCAGGGAAAGAUAAAAGAAGUACAAGAGAAGAACCACCACACGAAUAGUGUGACAAAGAGUGAUAAGCCGUUGUAUAACGAAGGGAUAAAGAAAGGUGAACCAAAGUACAUAACCGAUAGAAGUAGUAAAGAGGAGAAAACAGAGGUGAUAAAUAAAAAUGGUCAGGAGAAACCAAAUUUUGUAGAGGGAGGUCCCAGAUUCAAAGAGAGAGAUCACGUCACUGUGGAUAUUAGGAAUCUUAGAGUGCCAGAACUUUCAAGGGGGAGUGUCAAGAACCUUACCACUGAGGGAAUUAUAGGCAAACGGAAGGAUCUUGAGACAAAUGGAAUGUUAUAUGAGAAUGGAUCUAGGCCAAACAAGAUACAGAGGCCUGUUGUGGAAAACGGAAGAAAGUCGGGAUCAUGCCAAACUCCUCCAAAGCCUGUUUCUGAUUUGCAAGUAACAGCGUGUAAUCCAGAGGUGAAGGAGCAUAGAACUAACGGUUUCGUUGAUUCUCAAGAACACAAGAGCCAUUCCCCUGUUUCUUCAGUGAAAGUGAAAGAAAACGGUGAAGCGUCUUCAAAAAAGCGGCCUCAUUCGGACUUGAAGUAUUUGGAUCAGAUGCUGAAUGUACCAAACAGGGAGGAGUUGCAUGAUGUUGACGAUGAUGGAGAACAAGAGUGGCUAUUUGGUCAGUCUGGUGUGAGAUUAUCAAAGAAGCCGCAAAGAAGAGAUUCUAGUAUCUCAUUGGAUGAGAAUCCGCAAGUUUGGAACCAGGCUUUUAGAAUAGAAUCUGCUGAUAUCGUAGCUCUUCCAUAUUCAAGAUGUUCAUUAGCUUCAGUCCAGGAGAAAGUUGCUGCCUCACUUCGCAUUGCUUAUGGAGAUACCGAGCUCAUGAUGGAGCUUUCUAAGCUCAAAUGGGGUUUUAGAUUAAACUCAAGUGUUGCCUUCAUUAGCCUUUAUGGAAGAAAACUGCGGAAAAAGUUUAUCUUUUUUGAUUCUCGGGAUCGGAUUUAUUCACAUUCAAUCGGAAAGAGGCCAACUUGUUGGUCGGCGGCUGCCGAUAAGACCACUUUACGGUUUCGACGCACUAGUGCUAUGUCUCGUUGCUUCCCAUUUCCACCUCCAGGAUAUGAGAAGAAGAUUAGAAACGAUGACGCAGACUCUUUAACAAAGGAAAAGCAAAAGAAGGAAAAGAAGCACAAAAGGGAUAAGAAGGAUAAAGAAAAGAAGGAAGGAAAAGAGAAAAAGGAUAAGGAAACAAGCAAAGACAAACAGAAGGAACGGAAGGAGAAAAAAGAGAAACAUAAAGAUAGGAAAGACAAAGAUCGGGAUAAAGAAAAGAGCAGAACUUCGGAGGACAAAAGAAAUGUUGGUGUAGGGGACAGAGAAAAGCUUGUAACAAAUACCUUGCAGAGUAAUGGUAAUGGAGAGUCUAAGUUUAUACAGGACCUGGCGAGAAGGAUCAGAGAUGAAGAAGCUACAGAAAGUCGAAGUCCACGAAAGAUUGAUCUUCCUUGUGGAGUUGCAGAGAACAACAUUUCUUGCUCAUUUCCUCAAACCAAUCAUACAAGAGUUAACGAAAAGAGAAUCGAUACCCAUAGAGACUUUGCCAUGGAAAAAAAGCCUGAAAAUGCGGUUCGCCGACUAUCAUCUUGCACAGAUCAGAAAGGAGCUGAGGAUAAGGUUAAGAAACCAGUUGAGAAACAAGAUCAGAGUAAGAAUCACGGCAGGGAAAGUGUGACGAAGAGUGAUAAGCCAUUGGAUAGCGAAGGGUUAAAGAAGAGUGAACCAAAGUUCACAACACAUAGAAGUAGUCAAGAGAAGAAAGAGGAUAAAACAGAGGUGAUACACAGAACUAGUCAGGAGAAACUAAAUUGUGUAGAGGGAGGGCACAGGUUGAAAGAGAGAGAUGCGGAGACUAGGAAUUUAAAAGUGCAGGACCUUUCAAAACCGAGCGUCAAAAACCUUACCGCUGAGGGAAUUAUUGGCAAACGGAAGGAUCUUGAGCCAAAUGGAUUGUUGUAUGAGAAUGGAUCUAGACCUAAGAAGAUACAGAAGCCAGUUGCUUCUCCUAUAUCAUCCGUGGAAAACGGAAGAAACUUGGGAUCAUGCCAAACUCCUCCGAAACCUGUUUCUGAGUUGCAAGGAACAUUGCGUAAUCCAGAGGUCAAGGAGCAUAAAAUUAACGGUUUCAUUGAUUCUCAAGAAGCCAAAAGUCGUCCAACGAUUUCUUCUGUGAAAGUGAAAGAGAACGGUGAAACGUCAGCAAAAAAGCGGCCUCAUUCGGAUUUAAAGUAUUUGGAUCAGAUACUGAAUGUACCGAACAGAGAGGAACUGCACGAGAUUGAUGAUGAUGAACAAGAAUGGCUAUUUGGUCAGUCGGGUGUGAAAUUAUUAAAGAAGCAAAGAACAGAUUCUACUCCUACUUCAGUUGAUGAUACUCUGCAGGUCUGGAACCAGGCUCUUAGAAUAGAAUCUGCUGAUACUAUAGCUCUUCCAUACGUUGUUCCAUUCUAGUUUGACCACAUUCUGAUGUUCAUUCACACUUCAACCGAGGAGAAAGAUCCUCCCUCACAUCGCAUUGCAGUGGCUUCUGCUCGGUUUAGUAAGCACAAAGACGGCUGAUGCAUCGAAUGGAGACGUUGAGGGUGUGACUGGUUGGCUUCAUGAGAUGAGAGAGGCUUCCCUAAUAGAGAACAAGUGAGGUCAGUAAGGGCUGUGUAGGAUUUAGAGUAAAAACUUUUUGAGAGUGUGAUUGUUGGAAAUGAGAUUUGAGACUUUUGGUUCAGUUUUGAUUCGGCUUUGUCAUCAUCGUUAGAUGGGAUUAGCAUUAAGUUGUAUAUUAGAGAGAGGAUAUAGAAAAUAGGGGGAGGGAUCUUAUAAUUUACCCACUACAUUACAUUUGUAUACUUUGUUUCCCCUUUUCUGGGUCAAAACUAUUCUUGGAAUCCAAACAAAUCUUGAUCUUCAUGAUCCUAAAGUUUACAGGUUACCUUUUCGGGUAAAGAGACAGUUAAAAACUUUGACAAAAACAAAAAAAAAGAGAGAGACAGUUAAACAGUAUUGGGAAAAUGCUUUAUAUUAGUAUAUAGUAUAUAUCCCUAACGAGAUGUAUAAUUAUUAAGAGAAUAUCACACCUAACAUGUCGAAACAAACGAAGCCAUGAUGAAGAAUCAAAACCCCAAGAAAUCGACUUUGCUUCCGAAGUUUUGAGACUUCGAAAUGUUAUAUAAUAUAAUAAGAAAAAGCAGCCAAACCAGAAGCAUAAAAUAAGACAAGAAAACCCUCUCAAACUGGUGAGCUUGGUUCAGUCUUCAAGGCAGAUGUUGUAUGGAUCUUGUCUAGAAACGCCACUCUUGCGGAACUGUCAUCCGAAAACCGGCCCAAAACUGCAAUAGUCGCAGUGCUGCUUCCAAACUUCUCAAUGCCUCUAGAGAUCAUACAAGUGUGCCCUGCUUCCGCCACUACGAUCACAUCUCCGCCAACAAGAGGCGAUAGCGUCUCUGCGAUCUGUCGAGUCAUCCUCUCUUGCACUUGGAGCUUAAACCCGUAAAAGUGUACAAUCGAUUUCAUGAGCGAGGUUGCAACAGAGUUGGGGUUUGAUCCUUCUGCGCAAAAGUAGCCAAUAUGAACAACUCCAUAGAAAGGAAGCAGAUGAUGCUCACACAUUGACCAGAACGGUAAGUUCAGUUCACACUGCAGCCUCCUCUCUUUGGCCUCCCCCUUGGCUUUGACACAGUUAAAGCCGUUCAGCUUCAUCUCCAGGUUGGCAUUUUGGAAGUUCAUCAUCCACUUGAGGAACCUAGCCGGUGUAGCAAUGAGUUCUUUCCUCGACGGAUCUUCUCCUAAUGACUUGAGGAUGGAAACAACCGCAGAAACCAUUUCCGGGUCUUCUUCAGGCGAGAGUUUAGCCGAGCUUUUGACGCUCGGGCACCACUCUUUCACAGAGCCGCCGUUUCUACACAAAGCUUGCGUUUUCACGCCUUUGAACUUGAGGAAACUCAGAAACUCACCCCAAAGAUCCGAGCUUUCAUCCUCGAAAACUCCUGACCCGGAGGAAACCAGCAGCUUCACAAAUCCAUGGUGGCUUGAGGAAUCAAGAGAGUCCAAGUCCAAAGUAGGGAAGUGAAUGUGAGAGCACUGGAGAACAACAGCGACUCCAGAUGGUUUGACCCAGUGCUGGAGAGCUGAGCAUACAUCAUCAGCCAAACGCUGAGGCUCUUGGAGCCGCUUGGCGAAAACAUCCGUGACUCUGGAGAACUUGCUCAGUCCUAAAACCCGUUGCCCCGAAGGGACAUAACCUAUGUGACACCUCACAUGAAAAGGAAGCAAGCAAGAUUCGCAGUAAGAGUAGUGAUCGAGAUCUCGAACCACAACAAGCCCUCCCACUCCCCCUGCUUGCCCAACUCCUUCAUCCAACCCUGCUUCCGGAAACAGAGCACUCUGUACAAACUCCUUCACCUUUUGCUUAUAACCUCUGGUGCCUUCACGAAGGGCCUUGGCGACACGAAAAGGAGUCUUUUUGAUGCCUUCCCUAUUGACAUCCUCACGAAGACCUUGCAGGAGAAGUUUGACAGCGUCUUGGAUUGCUAAAGUCUCUGGUUGGUGCUCGAAAGCAAGCUCAAUGCAGCCAUUUUUCAUCCCAAUCUCAAGCUCCAGAUUCAAAUGCCCUUCAUCUAAUGCUCCCAUUGCAAAAACCACCACCGGAUCCAAACCCACAAGGAACGAAAAUCACAAAUCAGAAAUAGCACCAAUACACGAACUGAUAUGGGGAUCUGUGAAAGUGGGUCUCUUUUUAACUCCCCAAAUCCGGAAUUAGAGCUAAUCGAGUCGUUGAUUGUUUUCGAAAAGUUUUGAGAUUUCCCAGAUGCCCACUAAAACUCACACCACGACGAAUCUUCCCACAAAAAAAAUGAAAACAGGAACCCGAAUCCAGAAAUCUUUCGUUCUGGGUAACGAUUUUCCGGGAAAACAAAUCGUUCCCUCAGGAAUUUUAGAAACGGGGAUAAUACGCGGGUGGGAAGAAACGAAGGGUUGCCGUUGAUCCAGGAAUAUGUGGAUUCGUAAAAUCGUCUUAUAAAAAACUAUGAUCAACUUGUUAAUACAUUGUAUGCAGUAUAUUUUUUAAAAA